GUAUCACGCAAGGCACCCUGGUGUCCUGGGGUAGUUGGAUGAUUGAGUGCCGUUGAACAGGGUGGGAGUUCCAUAGGCGAGUGAUCAUGACAGAAUGUUGCAUUAGCUGCUAUUUGAGCGUCUUGGAGAAUGCAGUUGGAAUGGUUCUGGGCGAAGGUGAGGCAUGGGUGUAAAUGUUGAAGGAUGCGGUGCCAAGGGGAUGGGACAUAAUUCUUUAGGUAAGCAAGUUCGCAGAUGCACAGCUGAAAUAGCCAGUGGGUCCCUGUUUGAGGCCGCUGUUGGGUGUCGCACGCCGCCAAGCGUCCCCUGUCUGUCACAGGCGGGAAGUCGGCAACCGUUUCCCCAAUUGCCCUUUCUCUGGGGGCUGUCGACAUCCCGGAAGACAAUUUUGACGUCAAACCGUCCUGGAACACAAGCACGCGACGUUGCCCGACCACAUUUCCAUCGAUGCCAGCUCCAACACCAGCUGGACUGAUGAUGAGCAUCUCCCUACAGACCUAGAACGACCAAGAUAACAACACUCUUCACCACGCUCAUUUGCCCUGCCCGUGGCCAUCCAACGAAGACGGUCCUCCUUUCCAUCAUUUAAUCUUGCCUUGCCUUGUCCGUUUCUAGAAAUUGGCCAUCCCUCCUUUUUUCUUAUUGCCCCUCCGCCCUCCGCGCGUCUCCCGAAUGUGCACAGCGCUUGCGCAACAUCCUACACACAAUGCCUUCCGAAAAACAGCGGUACGAACCGGUACCUCCGAUACCGACCUACGAUGAGGCCGUCGCCAGCGGCAGCAACAGCGACUGGCAGCAACGAGAUCUCGCCCCCUCCCCGAUCGACGAUUCCGGAGCCGGCGCAGUAGAGGGGCAAUCCCUCCUAAGGGGCUCCCGACAUGCACACAACCCUACAGAUCCUGCCUCACAGCGUGGCAGCCGACCAGGUGGCUACCGAGCGCCAACUGUUGAAACCGACGACGAAGACAGCCUGUUCAGCUCCGAUGAUUCCGAUUCAGAUGAAGAGACCCGCCAAGUGCGCCGGGAAAUGCAAGAGCUGGAGAUUGACGACUCGGACGUGCGCGGGGGAAGCCGGCCGUCGUGGGGGAAGCGCAUAGGGCUCUCACUACCACAGUGGCGCUGGAGGUGGAAGUGGAAGUUGCCAAGAUUACGUCGCCGAGCUGCAACGGCUGAUGAGAGCAAUACCGACCCGGAGGCGGCAAAUGCAGAGACAGAAACACCAGCCUCGCGCUUUGCGUUCCCCCAGUUUGGGAGCGCGGCGCUGCUGCUUCUGGUCGCCCGCAUCCUCGCCAUCUUCAUGCUCCUGGGGUUUCUCUACUUGAUAUUCGCCAGCGACAUGUUCACCAGCAUGGCCAGGAGAAUGGGAAGCACCGCGUUCCCGCCGGAGAAGAUCAGGCUGUACAUCGAGAAUUCCAUGAAUCCAGAUCAUCUUGCAGAGUACUCCAAGCGCUACACCAGCUAUGCGCAUUUGGCAGGGACCGAAGGAGAUUUUGCGCUCAUGGAGUACACCGAAGCCCAGUUCCGUCGGCAUGGAUUGGAAAAUGUUAGGCGAGACACGUACCAUGUUUACCUCAACUACCCCAAGGCUGGGGGCAGAGCAGUGGAGAUUCUGGGUGACGACGGUAAAGUCAAGUGGACGGCCAAGUUGGAGGAAGAUGAAGUCGGUGGUGAAACGACAGGCCGUCAAACAUACGCUUUCCAUGGACAUUCCAAGUCGGGGGAUGUCAAAGGGCCCCUGAUUUAUGCUCACUACGGCUCGAGGGAGGACUUCCAGACGCUAAAGGACAGAGGCAUCGACACCAAGGGUGCGAUUGCCUUGGUCAGAUACUAUGGCACCCAAAUUGACAGGGCACUCAAGGUCAAGGCUGCUGAGCUCGCCGGAUUUGCAGGUUGUCUCAUCUACACAGAUCCAAAGGAUGCCGGGUACCUGAAGGGUCCGACAGCACCAUUGGGCCGUUGGAUGCCAGCUGAUGGUGUCCAGAGAGGCUCCGUGAGUCUGAUGAGUUGGGUAGUGGGUGAUGUGUUGACUCCCGGCUGGGGCAGUAAGAAAGACCAGCCUCGUGUCAAGGUUGACCAGGCCGAGGGUCUCGUCAAAAUCCCCAGUCUUCCCCUUGGCUGGCGCGAUGCCCAAAUUCUCCUUCAGCAUCUCAAGGGACAUGGGCAACAUAUUCCCGAUGGCUGGGCCGGCGGUGUCCCUUCCAUCGACGAGUGGUGGACCGGCAACCUUUCAUCACCCAUUGUCCGCCUCAAGAAUGAGCAAGAUGAAGUCGAGAAGCAAGCUAUCUGGAAUGUCUACGGCCGCAUCGGUGGCAUUGAGCAGGAUGCAAAGUCUAUCAUCAUCGGCAACCACCGCGACGCCUGGGCCUUUGGAGCUGCCGACCCCGCCUCUGGAACAGCCGUCAUGAUGGAAGUCAUCCGAGUGUUUGGCAACCUCCUGGCGCAAGGCUGGCGCCCCUUGCGCACAAUCGAGUUCAUGUCCUGGGAUGCGGAAGAAUACAACCUCAUCGGCUCGACAGAAUACGUCGAGCAAAACGACGACUUCCUACGUGAGAACGCGCUCGCAUACAUCAACCUCGACACGGCCGUGACCGGGGGCGAGUUCCACGCCGCCGGCAACCCCGUCUUCAAGAAGCUCCUGCUCGAAGUCCUAGCCAGGACAACAGACGAUCACUACCCCGACCCGAAAAACCAGUUCAAAUCCCUCCUCGACCUCUGGAACGAACGCUCGGCCGAUCUGGAAGGACUCGGCGCCGGCUCGGACUAUGUCGCCUUUCAGGACAUUGCCGGUACCGCCUCCAUCGACCUCCACUUUGAUGGACCUGGCUACCCAGCCCACUCGUCGUACGAGAACCAUGACUGGAUGGCUGUUGAAGGGGACCCGUCUUGGGCCUACCACACUAUUCUUUGCCGCGUCGUCGGCCUUUUGGCAUUUGAGCUGUCUAACCGCCCAAUCAUGCCGUUUGACAUGCCCGCUUACGCGGAUAAGCUUUCGGAGUGGGUUGGUGAUUUGGAAACCUGGGCGAGAAACCAAACAGGUUACGACGAGAAGAUCUUCAAGGUCACGAAACUCAGAGAAGCGGCCGAUGAAGUCGCGAUGGCGGUUAGGAGGUUUGUAAAGUGGGAGACGGAGUGGGAGAAUAAGGUUAUUGCGACGAAUGGUUACGAGACGAACGGGCUGGGGGAUAUGAGGGCUGAGUAUAAUUCUAGGAUGGGGAGGUUUGAUUCGGAUUUGUUGGAUAUUGAUGGGAUACCGGGAAGGAAACAGUUUAAACAUGUGGUUUUUGGGCCGCAGAGGUGGUCGAGUUAUGAUGAGGGGUAUUUCCCUGCUGUGAGGGACGCGAUUGAGGACGGGCAGUGGGAGGAGGCGAUGAGGAGGUUGGAGAAGGUGGCGGGGAUUAUGGUCAAGGCGGCGGAGAAUUUGGCUGCGAGGUGAUUUUUGUUUUCUUUUUUGUUCUUGGUUUUGUUGGUUUGUCCUAGGCCCUUUUUUCCUCGAGGAGGCUCUGUUUUGAGGGGUUGGAUUUUGCAUCGCAUGGCGUUUCGGCUUUUUCCUUUUCUCCUGGACUUACAACAGUCCCACUGCAGCUUACACAAAACUUUUCCUUGUCUUUUGUUUGUAUUCUUAGUCCCCGCCAUUUCUUGUAUUUAUUUACAAAGGGGAGAAGGAGGAGAUCUACACAGGGCAAUGGAAGUUGUAUAUAAGAAAGACAAUCUUAAUCGAGAAAAUAUACAAGAUAAACUCAAGACACCAGCAAGGGUGCGCGUAAAGAACACGGGAGGUUGUCACAGAAUUGUACUUUUUGCAUGGUCUCCCAUCCAAUAAACUACCUAU